AUGACGUCGGCUCAAGAUAUCGAAUACUGGCUUCAAAGGUGUUCAAUUUGUUUCGAUGCUCAACUUGAUUUUUGCUUAGAAUUGUGUAGAGAUCAAUUUUGUAGAGAUUGUUUUCAAAGAUAUGUUAAAGAAGUGGUUCAGAAUUCCUGGGGACUUGGUAUCACUAAAGUUAAAUGUCCUGUAUGUCAAGACGUUAUUCAACAAUCAGAAUGGAGCAAGUACGUAGACCAAAACGUUAUUGACUUAUAUAAUACUUAUAAUAAACCGUAUCGUUCGUUUUCCCGGUGUUGCUCGGAAUGUGGUGAAGAAGUUUUUGCCGCACAAGUGUUUCAAGUUUGUGCAGAAGAAAAAGAGAAAUAUUUUAAAGAAAUCUCUAUUCUUCUUCGUAAAUAUUUUGAUACAUACGGAUCGGGAAAAAACUGUAAAGGGAAAAAUACUUUAAAUCGUAUCACGAAAAAUCAAAAUGACAUUGAUAGUUUUCUUGAAAAGUAUCAGACAGAUUAUUUAGCAUAUAUAUCAGGUGAAGAUCCCAAGGUUGGAGUAUUGGAAAUGUAUGAAUAUAUUGCAAAGAAGUUGGGGGAAAGUCUUGGUCUGAGCAUGGACGUCGACAAUCGACGUCCUUCAAAAUUUUCUCGACGCAAGCUAAAAACUCACACCGACAUGGUUAAAUCUGCGGCAGAAAUUUCUUCAAAGGUGGUUGCAUUGGAGGUCCGACCUGAUGCAUGGAAAGAGUUGCAAUUCAUGCAUGUGGCAAACUUUCCCCAAUCCCAUUGUACUCGUUGUAACAAUGAUAUUUGCCUUCAAUGCGGGGAAUCUACCCAUCACCCUGGAAUGACGUGCAUUCAGUUUAUGCGUUAUAAAGUAGCUAAUCCUCACUUGUUUAUUAUCAAUCACUGCCAUGCACUUGAAAACAUGAAAUGGAAACUUGCGAAUUCAAAGUCUUGUCCAAAUUGUUCAAUUCUUAUUAACCGCGAUGAUGGAUGUAACAAAGUCGAUUGCUUACAUUGUGGUUAUAGGUUUUGUUGGAUUUGUAGAAAUAGAUGGUCAGAAAAUUGUGGCUUUUACAAGUGUAGGAUGGCCAAAUCAAAGAGAAAGCGGGAUAAGGAGAAAUAUCCUGCAGGAAAUCAACGACAACGGACUUCGCCAUUCAAGAGACAGGCGCAAAUGCCUGUACAAGAGGUAGCAUUGGAGAAUAAUGAUGCUAGUGAAGAGGCGGGACAAUCACAGGAAACACGAGAUGAU